CUUGGAUCGUGGAAACAGGGCUUAAUACUCCUUCAUAAAAAUGGACACGAGUAAAACAUGUGCUCAUAGAAAUUGGAUUGAAAUGGAAGUAAUCUGAGGAGCGAUUUCGCACCGGCUCAUGUGAGUUUUGUAUCGUUGCAGUUUUAUUUGAUUUCGGUGUUUCGCCUCCCCAACACUACGACGCUAUUACGAGGUUGGGGUAAAUAGUAGCGGACUGAUAGCGUGCCCGAGGGAGAAGGGAACGGAAUCCUAGGUGAUAUUUUCGUCGACGUUUAUCAAAACAACACAACGCGGAAAGAUGGCCGAACAGAAUGACAGAAGUCAAUUACCACCCGGCUGGGAAUGCAGAUACGACAUUCGCAGCGGUCGUCCAUAUUUCAUAAAUCACUUUAAUCGAACUACAACAUGGGAAGAUCCAAGAGUAAGAUAUUGGCAGUACUCUCAGUAUAUACAGUCUCAGAACUCGAUGGCACUGAGCUCGGCCACUACCACUACUUCCCAAGAUAUUCCUAUGCAGACUGGAGGAAGCGGAAGUGGGCACUUAAAUCAUACAGUUGCUCACAGAGUUCCACAAAUUUAUCCAACACCGUCCCCUUAUCAUAAUCCACAACUAGCAUUUUUACCUCCCAGCGCGCAGGAGCUGAAAACGCCACUGUCGUUGAAAUCCACCAGUGCGAUGACAACACGAUUCGGCGACUUGACUCUAGGAUCUCCGACCCCAGUAAGAAAUACAGAGACAAGUUUUACUCAAAAUUCCGACUCUGAGUCACAAGUGGCAAAGAUCAAUGCUGUAUUCCCGACAGUUUCGGACACACAUAUUCGUCUUUUACUGAAGAAAUACCAUAACAGAGCAGCUUUGGUCAUGAGUGCUCUCCAGGUGGAAAAGAAUCCUCUUUGCGCUCCAGGACCGUGUACACCUGUGGGAGUGCAUUCAUAUUAUGCAAUCCCGAGAUGGCGUCUACCGGCUCAUUCUAUACAUGCAGCAUUAACAUUGAGUCCGCCUCGCGGAGUUCGGCCAGCCCCUAACUCCCCAAAAAUGAAACUUAGGUACCUGAAAAAUGUAUUUCCAAAAGUGGAUGAAACAAUACUAUUGGAUGUGCUAGAACAGAGCGAUAAUAACGUGCAGAAGGCAACUGAAAAAUUAAUUGAUUUAGGAUACGAAAAACGAAAUCCUACUCUUUCUGCCAGAGCCUUAGCAAAGAAGAAAGAAGAGGAAGAACAGGUACCAGACGAGCCACCUGCGCCCACGCCUCCUCCGCGUAUGAAAAGUUUGGAAGAAAAAAAUAAGUUGAAAAUACGUUUAAUGGAAAAAUAUAAGAAUUUGCCAGAUCGGAUUGUGAUGCUUGCUAUGGAUAGUGUAGAUUAUGAUGAAGACAGAGCAAUACAUAUAUUAGAUAUAGUAAUGGCAGAAGAAGCUACUCGACCACUAUGUACUUCUAGCAGCCAAAGUAGUAAAAGUGACGACCGAAAAGAUAGUUUGCCAGUGACAGAGGCUAUAAAAUUAACUGCUUCUCCGAUUAAAAAGAUAAGUAAGGAUGCGGAGAGUGAAAAGUUGAAACGGUCCAAAAAUAAGACUGAGAUACCGAAAGUUUCACGUGGAACUAGCACUACAGAGGAUAAAGAAUAUAAAUCCCCGUACUUAACAAAACCAGCGGGAUCAAAUUCGGAUUUAGCGAAGGGAGCGAAUAACGAUCUGCUGUUGCCGGACUAUGCGCCGUGGUCGGGACCGGAUCCACAUUUGCUGACCAAGCAAUCCUUUUCAAGAACACUUGCGAUGGGGCAGACUGGAAGUCUAGUUACUACCCGCAAUUGUCUUGCUAAUGGUUCCCAGUCCGAAUUACGAAAAGGACCGUUAAGAGGAUUGGCUCAAGGCUCCAUUUAUUCACAAAGGAAUGUAGCCAAUACCGAGAGUCGUGGCAAAUGAAACAGGUGCAAUUGUUUCUUUCUUGAUAUUUUUGCGUUUGUUAAAUAAGUAGAUAUUUUAAUUUUUAAUGGCAAUUGCACAAUCGUCUCUCUUUGGGAUUUUACGAUUUAACUUUGGGGUAGAUAUAUUAUAAUAUCGCCAGCAAUUCAAAACAAUGAUGAGUAUUUUUCAGAAAC